UCUUCCUCUGGAGCCAGGGAUCGCAGUCAGGAUUAACUGCAUGUAGUAGACGGCCAGUGACGGUUCAUGAGCAGCAGAGCUGGAAUCUUCUGUGGACCUUAUAGGAAAUUAAUUUGUGGAUUUUUCUUGUCUGAUGAUGGAGAAUACCACAGAGAUAACGAAAGGCUUCUGAGAGGCUUCUUUGCACUUCGUUGACUUUGGUUGCUGCCUAUAAGAAGCAUUAAGCACGAUGAAGGUGAAAUGGACCAUGCUCGGCAUGAUUGUCUUCUUCUUGCUCUCUGUGGUCAUGACCUGCUGCUUCAUAUGGCAGUAUAGGAAGCCAAAACUGAAGACAGAUGGAUGGACCAAAACAGUGACAGCAGAAGAAAUGUGUCCUCGCUUUCCGGAGCCUGUGCCGCUCAAGCAUCCCAUCACAUCACUGAGGGUGGCAUUAGAAAAAAUAGAUGUACUCUUGAGGUCAAGAAUUCACACCACCAAGCUACCUUCGAUGUCAGCCAUCGUGGUUUUAAAUGACUCAGUUCUGUGGAAUGGACACUUUGGCAAGAAGAACACAAGUGACCCCUCCUCACCUGCACCCAACGAGUACACAGUGUACAGAAUUGCAAGCCUCUCUAAGAUCUUUCCCACACUGAUGCUAUACAAACUAUGGGAGGAUGGUCUGGUGGACUCUCUGGAUGACCCUCUGGAGAAGUAUUUAGACAACUUCACCAUCAAGAACCCACUGGGGAAGGGCAGGCAACCAGCAUCCUCACCAGUAAGGACCCUGGGCAGCAACACCCCUGAACUCACCCUGCGCAGGAUGGCCAGUCAUCUCUCUGGUUUACCCAGAAGAUUAAGAUCAACUAACCUUCUCUGGAGUGGAGAUACGCAGGAAGCCCUUAAUUUGUUACAAGAUGAUGUCCUUGUGGCAGACCCAGGCACUAAAUGCCACUACAGCAAUGUUGCUUUUUCUUUAUUGGCCAACAUCUUGGCCCAGAAGGUGACUGGCAUAGACUUUGAGAGCUGGGUUUCAAACAACAUUCUCAAGCAACUCAGCAUGGACGACACUGGUUUUAACUUUACUCUAGCCAUUCAGAAGCAAAUGGCUGUGGGUGUGUACAGCAAUGGAAAGCGAGCUCCCCUUUACAACCUUGGCUGGUAUCGGCCUGCGGGUCAGAUGUAUUCCACAGCAGCUGACAUGGCCAAACUUAUGAUGGCUCUUCUGGGUACGUAUGGUGUCACUCUGCUCCACCAGGACACCCUGAACACAAUGAUGACCCCAAUCAUCCGAUGCCACAGAGGCUACUUUGCCAACUUCACUGGUACGCCUUGGGAGAUCAAUGAACAGCUUGGCUACAGUGUGGUGAGAAAAGAUGGUGACCUGGAUGGGUUUGGUGCCACCCUCUCCCUUGUACCCCAGCUCAAGCUGGGACUGGUGAUCUUGAUGGCAGGAGUUCGGCCUACAGAUGAGGACCUUGUGAGCCAGGCAUAUAGCUACCUAAUCCCAGCACUGGAGAAUGCUUUCAGGGAAGCUCAACAAACUCUGAGACCACCACCUGACCCAGCUCCAUAUUUGGGAUUUUUCACUUAUAGGAAUAUGACAUUCUAUGAGAUCAAGGCGGAUUCCGAUGGGGUGCUUGUCAUGCAGCAGUUUGGGCCACAGGUUGACACAACUGUGCCCUCCAAGUAUCGAACUAUUAGGCUGGAUUACCUGCAGGACAGAGUUUUUAGGGUGGUGUUUGAGAGGCCAUACCCUUGCAAGUUGAAGGUUAACAAUGUCCCUGUCUCCCUGGAGGCACAGGACAGACAGCUUUUCAACUUUUAUCCUUUCAACAAGAAAGGUGUGUCACCAGGGUUUGACUCCCCAGGACUCAACACAUACAGGAUGACCAGGAUAGCCGGCAGACCAUAUUUUACCUCAUAAAGACUGGAAUUUAACUUUGAACAAGUCCAUCACUGUAACUGGAGAUUUUAUCAAUGAGAUAUGCUGUGAGAAACAGGCAUGGCCAAAAGCUUUGAGAAUGAAGUAUUGGUUUUCACAAAAUUUACUACUUCAGUUUUCAUGAUGGCAAUUUGUGUAUACUCCAGAAUGUUAUGAAGAGUGAUCAGCUGAAUUGCAAAGUCACCACUGGCGUCAAGACUGUCUUUUACAAAGCAAAUAUUAAUCAGGACUGUGUUUUAUUAUUUACUGGUUAAUCUUCUAUUCAUAACAGAUUUUACCUUUUAGUCUUGUAAAUUCAAAUUGAUCUUUGAAAAUUAUCCUCCUACCAAAUUUCUGGCAAUAGCAAAGCAAAACUAACAGUACUGUGUCCAUUUUUGUUCCUGCACAGUGUUGCAGCAUCUUUUUUUACCCGUAGAGUGCCUGCAGUGUGGUCAGAUUCUGUUCCACUAGGGAAGAAUGUAAAUAUGUUGCAAGUAAAAUAAAAGAAUAUGUUAAA